AUUUGCCAUGGGGGUUUUCAAAUUAUCACUUUUCGUUCUGGUGUUGUCCGGUUUGUUAUAUAUUUAUAAAUACAAACAUACACAGAAUUUACAAAUACCAUUCGAUGGACGAUUUCAUCCGGAUUUUAAAGAAGUUGUGGAUAAUUUCAGGGAAAACUUCGAACGUGGAAUUGAGAUCGGAGCCUCUCUUUCGAUUUUUCAUGAGGGGAAACCGUUAGUGGACGUAUGGGGUGGGUAUGCUGAUGUAACCACAAAGAGACCCUGGACGGAAGACAGACUUUCCAUUCUCUUUUCCGCCACUAAGGGAGUAACUGCUUUGUUGGUAGCAGUUUUUGUAGACAAAGGAUGGUUAGAUUACAAAAAGCCUGUGACGUAUUAUUGGCCGGAAUUUGGGAAAAAUGGAAAACAUGAAAUAACCGUAGAAAUGCUCCUAAGCCAUCAAGGAGGUCUAUCAAUAACAAAUGGCACAAUUCCAAUGCAAUGGAUAGACGAGCACCCAGAGAAGGUCUACAGAUUUCUAGAACAGCAGACCCCUUAUUGGAAGCCUGGAACUAUGUAUGCUUACCAUGCUAUCACAUAUGGACUUUUUGUCGAUUCCCUUUUAACAAAGGCGGAUCCAAAACACAGGCGUGCGGAUAAAAUUUUUAAGGAAGAAAUAGGAGAUAAAUUUGGUAUUGAGUUUUACAAUGGACUUCCAUAUCACUUAUAUUAUAGGAAGGCCAGGUAUGGGCCCACUCCAUUCACUACCGUAUUGUGGAAGACUCUUACUUCUCUAGAUCUGGAACCACUCCUGAUCACAUACAAAUUAAUGGACCGGGAAUCCAUAUUGUCUAAAGCUGUAACUUCUGGAACUGAUGCAAUCCAUCUGGAUACAGCAUUAAAUAUCCCCGAGUAUAGUAAAAUUCCACAGUCUUCUGUAAACGGAUAUAGUAACGCUAGAAACCUUGCCAAGCUGUAUGGAAUCAUCGCAAAUGGAGGAAAAACCGAUGAAGGAAUUCUUCUAUCAAAGAAGAUAAUUCGGGUACUAGAAGAACCUCUAACUUCUGGAAUCGGUCUGGAUGGAACGAUAAAUCCCACAUUUGGUCGUGGAGUUAUUGUUUUUACGGAGGACAAGCAAAUGAUUGGGAUUGGACAUGGCGGGUAUGGAGGACAAAUUGCGUACGCAGACACGCAGAGGAAGACAGGAUUUGCUUACGUCACUUCCCGGCUAAAGGAAAUAAAAAUGGAGGCCUUUUAUAAAGAAGUCAAACAGUACAGAGAUAUAUAUUACAAAUGUCUAAAGAAACAUCUGCUAAAGAAAAAAGCGUAGCAUUUAAAUUGAAUAAUAAUCUUACUAGUGUUUUAAAAGAGAAAUAGCGAUUGUGCUAAACUGCUCAUGUAUGUGUGCUAAUUGGGACGGGUGAGUUUGUGAACAAAUACCCAUUGAUCGGUAUAACAGUAAAGCAAAGAUAAUAGAUCAAUAAAUAAUAAAGUAAGCAGAGA